AUGGUCUUGAGAGAGCUGGUUCCGGAAAGGCAAAGGGAGGAAACAUCGAGAAAUCGGAUACGACGAGUGAUGAGAUGGGAUCCUCUAAACAACGAGUUUUCCAAGAGUGAAGAGGGUACUGCAGACUAUGAUAAUAACAAGUUUUCUGAUACAUGCUAUCUGUCCUGCAUUGGCAAUGUGACGGGGUUCGAAGAUGCUGGUGUGGAGGUGAAAUGGGCUAAUGGUAUUACAAGCAAGGUUGCGCCUUAUGAAAUUGUUCGGGUGGAUAAACAUGAUGGUGCAGCUUCAAUCUCUGUGGAUGAAGAAGUUGAGGACUUGAGCGAAGAUAUGAUCGAACAUGACAAACAAUUUUCAAGAGACAAAAAAUGGAUUCGGUUAUUUCAACUGUGGUUGAUGUUGGCUGCAAGAAACACCUAUGGGAGACUGCUUCCUUUUCCCUUCCACAAGCUGCCAUUGGUUUUUUCACAAACGUAGCUGCAAGUCUACUUGGAACCCUUGACUCGAACUUGGAUCCAGAUUCAACACCAUUAGUUCAAGUCCCCGAAGUUCAAAGUGAAUCUAAGAUGUCUAAUGCAAAAGAAGUAAUGGAAGGGAAUGAUCUUUGUUCUGAAUCAGAACUAGUAACCGAGUUGGGUAUAUUUGGAAACAGACAUGUAAAUAAGGCAGAUAAACAGAUUCAAGAGGAUAAAGAUCUACCCCAUGUGACCAAAAAUGAUAAU